AUUUCGGGGUUGGCCAUCUCCGUUCUCCCCGCAAUUGCUCUCGCUGUUGUGAAAGGACCUAAAUGUGCGCAUUUGAAGAAUCGGUUGGCCAGCAGUGCCAUUGGGAUGCUGCUCUAUUACUUAGCGGCAAUUUUCAAAGGGCUACAUCCACGGGUCGAUGAUGACUUCGUUGAUAAGCUCAAUUAUCACUAUACCUCGGCCAUUAUUUUCGCAUUCGCCAUCAUUGUUUCCGCAAAGCAGUACGUUGGAUACCCAAUCCAGUGCUGGGUACCAGCACAGUUUACUGAUGCAUGGGAACAGUACACGGAAAAUUAUUGCUGGGUGGAAAAUACCUAUUAUUUGCCUUUAACAAGUGCUUUUCCGCUGGAGUAUGGCGAUAGAAGGUUUGUCUUCCAGAGUUGUUAUCUCAUUAAUUUAAUGAAAAAUUUGUCUGGCUGCCUCUCGUGA